AUGUCUCAAGGCCGCAUUUUGGAUCUGAUCAAGGCACAAUGCCGCAUUUUCUCCCUCACCUUCAACCCGCAGAGGCUUCGACUCGGCAAUAAGAUUCUCAGGCAGCGGCUACGUGGCCCGGCGCUCGCAGCAUGGUAUCCGCAAAAGACCGUCUCCUUCCGGGAUCUCCAAAAUACAUACAAACCUCUUGGCUUGACGACCUUUGACGAGGCAGAGGAUGAUCGCGAGGAAGCCAUUCAGAUUGCCAAGCUUCGCGGAAAGGGUCGACCCAAGAAGAAACGGACCGCGGCUGAAUCGAGAUCCGCAAAGAAGAAGAAAUAG